UGUGUCUUGAGCGGUGAGAUGAUGUGUGUGAGUGUGCAGUGCAGAUAACGUGGACUGGGGCAGGUUAUUUAACAGCAUACCCAGCAUUGUGUCUUCUCUGAUGCAACAAUUUGUAACUCAUAGGAUAAGACUUGAAGAAUGUCAUGGGCAAAUGCGGGAAGCAGAGGUCACUUGGAGACACCAGGUCACUCUUGCCGAGAAGAAGGCCCAAGACAGCUCGCUCAGGUCUCAGGAGCUGGAGAGGGAAAUCUCUGAAUUGAGAAGUGAAAACUCUGACCUGAGAAGGGUAAAUUCUGACCUGAGAAGGGAAAACUCCUCUGAGCUGAGAAGGGAAGUUGCCCACCUGAAACAGAGAUUGGAUGCAAUCUGCAGACGGAGGCAGGCAGAGGAAUACAUGAGGCAGGAGCCCACCCCAGGAGGACCGUACAGGCUGCACCCUCCCCUGAGAGGUAAGGAGCACAAUGUGAAGUGCGGCAGCUCCAUUUCUGCAGCAGGAGCCGCCCAGUGGGCUGCUUGUCCCCAUGGGUAGUUGUCGGGUUUCCUGGA